GUAAGCUCGUUCGUUGUUUUGAUAAACCCCGUCACUAUCCUCAUCAUCUUCUUCUCUCUCUACUCUCGCUCUAGAAUAAGCUUCUUCAAUCUGCAGACAGAUUCAGAAGUCGUAAGUUAACUAACCAUUAUCAUGUGAUGUUGCUGCUCUUUGUUUCUCUCUCCAAUUUUAACAUCUCCUUUCAAAUUCGACAUAACUACAACAACCGGUUGUGGGCUAGAAGAAGAUUAAGAAUUGUUGCAUCCAUGUUAAACUUGUUUAAUCUAAAGAGGCUAUCUUGGAAAGACACAAAUGGACAACAAAAGGUUGUAUUAUCUGCUACAGAAGUAGAAUCACUUCGGUCGGAACUUGCUGAUCUAGAGGAACGAGAAGCUCAUCUGAAAGCUCGAUUGGAACACAUUGAUGAGACUCUGCGUUGUGCCCGUCUUUCAGGCUAUCUACAAAUGCGAACGAGAUGGGAACCACUACCAGGAGAACCGCCUGCUCUUGAUGACUCAGACGUUGAUGACUGGCGUCCAUUCUUUGUUGUUCUCCAAGGACCGAUCAUUUUCUUAUACUCUACAUCCACGGAUAUAAGUCCACAAGACUCCACCCUUUUGUCUGAUGUGGUGGAAGUAGGAUGCAUGCCAUGUCACACUCAAGAAGACGGGGAAAUUCGAUAUUACUUUUACAUAGUAACUCGCCGUGGAUUGAGAUAUGAAUGCUCAAGUGCUUCGAAAUUUCAGGUGGAUGCUUGGGUGACGACGUUGCAAGAUGAGUGCAAACUGGGAUCGGAUUCAAUUACUCUCGAAAACGAUAACAUAGCUUUCAAUUCCGUUUUCUUUUCACUGUUUGAUCGAUUGAGAACGACGAUGAGUUCCGAAAUCUACAGAUCCGCCUCACGAGCCGCUAGAUCUCUUCUUUCCUAUGCUUCCAAACACAAGCAUCUUGUUCCAUCUAAAGGACGAACAGCUGCUGCAGCAGCGGCGGUUUCAUUCAAAGGAACGCUGCCAGCUCUAGCUUCGUCCACAAACGCCUCCAACAGAUGGAUCGCAGGAGCUCUUGCGCUUCCUGCUGCAGCUUACAUGCUUCAGGAUCAAGAGGCACAUGCAUUACAGAUGGAGCGCACAUUCAUUGCUAUCAAGCCUGACGGCGUGCAAAGAGGACUGAUUUCAGAGAUUAUAGAGCGGUUUGAACGUAAAGGGUUCAAACUUGUAGCCAUUAAACUUGUGGUACCUUCAAAAGCCUUUGCCCAGAAGCAUUAUUAUGAUCUCAAGGAUAGACCAUUCUUUAAUGGCUUAUGCAACUUCCUCAGCUCUGGUCCUGUUCUUGCAAUGGUUUGGGAAGGAGAAGGUGUGAUUACUUAUGGCCGUAAACUUAUUGGAGCUACUGAUCCACAGAAGUCAGAGCCUGGGACCAUUAGAGGUGAUUUGGCGAUUGUCGUCGGAAGGAACAUCAUCCAUGGAAGCGAUGGUCCAGAGACCGCCAAGAACGAAAUCAACCUCUGGUUCAAACCGGAUGAGUUGACUAAUUACACCAGCAAUCAAGAAAAGUGGACCUAUGGAGUGAACUAAGCUAAACCAACUUUUUUUUAUAUUUUCAGUUGCCAUCCAAUCUAGAUAGCGGGUCUUUUGAAAAAUAAACCACAUUUUGUACAAUAAGAUGAAUAUUUUUCUUAUUAUUGUUGUCAAAAUUAAUAAAAGUCUGGUUGGUCUCUUUUUCGGUUUCAAA